AUGGCGUUGUCACGAGCUGUUGUGCGCUCAGUGGCAUGGCGGCCAACAGCAGUCCGCUCAUUGUCGGCUACACCAGCGCUCUCUCUUGCGUCCUCGCAGAAUCGCCUCUCCAGCUCGAUUCCGACGAUUGCGCAACCUUCCUUCUGGAAAGGUCUGCUCCCUAAGGCGUUUCGCAAAGAACAUCAACCUGGAGCAGUUGCUGUCAAGAAGCCGAAACAGACAAGAUCCAAGGAGUGGAACCCCGCCACUUUCUUCAUCGUGAUCUUCCUAUUCAUUGGAUCCAUGUCAAUUCAGAUGAUCACGCUCAAGAAAGACUUUGCGACCUUCAUAAGACAGUCCGACGUACGGAUCGAAUUACUGCGAGAAGUGGUCGAGAGAAUACAACGGGGUGAGAAGAUAGACGUGGAGCGGAUGCUGGGAACGGAUGAACCGGAAAAGGAGUUGGAAUGGGAACAAGUCCUCAAGGAGAUCGAGAGGGAAGACUUCGCAACAAAGGGUUCAAAAAGACAAGACAAGAAAACGACCGAAGACCGCGCAACGAAAGCCGAGACCACCAGAGAUGACGCCUCGACCCAACUACCUACAAAGCCAAGAGGCACCGCAAACUUCUUUUAA